AGCGCGCGCGGGCGGAGCAGUCGGCUGUGACGGCGAAGAAAGCUGCCGGGAAGCGGAUCCCAGGAGGGGUUAUGUCUCGGACCGGGAUGCUUUGUCGCGUCUCCCGCCCGGUGACAGAGCUGGGCUUUCGGCGGAGAGAUGUGAAGGUGUGCGUUUUUAUCUCUCAUUGAGCCUUAGUCGUUAUUUUUAAGAGAAAUGAAUAGAAAUAACCCAUUUUGAGGAAGCCAUGGCAAAGCACCGAGUUUGUUCUCGGGAAUCUUCAGUAUCUUCUCUUCUAGCAAGCUGCAGCCUGAGUGGUAGCAAUUCCAGAAACUCUGAUGGCUCUUUUCAUUAUAAGGACAAACUAUACAGUUCUGCUUCUCAGGCUCUACAGGCCUAUAUUGAUGAUUUUGAUUUAAGCCGAAUGUAUCCUGGUGCAAGCACUGGAAAGAUUAACAUUGAUGAGAAUUCCACUAAUCUGUCAAAAUUCUCCAAAUAUAUUUAUAAACCAGUCAAUGCUUUUGAAAACCUUGAUCACAAAAAAGGCUCAAAUUCCUUGUCAUCCUGUAAGAGACAGGCUACUAAUGACAUAGACUCCAUUAGCCUAACAACUGAUGAUCUAUUAAAACUUCCAGCAGAUGGAUCAUUACCUUCUUUCACUUUUGUUGGACUGGGUCACCAAACUAGCAGGAAAAACAAGAGUUGUGUUGGAAGACUAGGUUCAUCGAAUAGUGGAAAGAAUUUGAAUUUUCAAAAACCCUCCACACCGACGGACAAAGAUAACUUAGUUACUCCUGUUGUAUAUACAAACAUAAAUGGAAAACAACGCGGCAGGCUUAAAAAACCAAAAAUUGUGAAUAGGGCUAAUAAAUGCAUUUCUGAAUCAUCUUUAUCUUUUUCCAAGAAGUCUUCUUUCAAGGACAGCUCAGAACACAAUCUUGAAAAGAAUUAUCCAAGAUGGCUUACUAGCCAGAAAUCUGACCUUAAUGUUUCAGGGAUUACUAGUAUACCUGAUUUCAAAUACCCUGCCUGGCUCCACAAUCAAGACUUGCUGCCUGAUACAAAUAGUCAAAGGAUUUGUAAAAUAUUUAAAGAAGAUCAAUGUUCCCCCAAGCAUAGUUAUCAGGCACAAAGAACUCAGCUUAUGAAUAAAUUAGAUUUUGAAUAUUCUUUUGAACCCUCAAACUUUUCAAAUUCCUUGAGCGAUGAUAAAAGAUUAGUUAAUGAAUACAAAUGUGAUUUUGAAUGUAGCCAAUGUCAGGAUGAGAAUUCACUUCUUCCAGGACAAUUCAAAAAGCCAUUCAGUGAUGACAAAAUUGAAUUGCUUAUCCUGAAGGCCAAGAGAAAUCUAGAGCAUUCUCCUGAAGAACUACCGAGAUCUAUGAAAAAUGACGGCAGUCCUUGCUCAUUAGAUAAACUUGAAGCAGAACGAUCAUGGGAAAAUAUUCCUGUUACUUUCAAAUCACCUGUUCCUGUUUAUUCUGAUGACAGUUCUCAACAAACCUCAAGGGCAAAAUAUGCUAAAGAGUUCCUUGAAGACUUUUUAAAUAAUGAUAAUCAGACCUGUACCCUUUCUGGAGGCAAACAUCAUGGUCCUGUUGAAGCCUUGAAACAAAUGUUAUUUAAUCUUCAAGCAGUUCAAGAAAGUUUUAAUCAUAAUAAAACCACAGAGCCAACAGAAGAGAUUAAACACGUUUCAGAAGAUGAAUUUUCUAAGUUACAGCUGAAGGAAAGUAUGAUUCCUAUUACUAAGUCACUUCAAAAGGCUUUGCACCAUUUAUCUCGCCUGAGAGACCUGGUUGAUGAUACCAGUGGGAAACAGUCACCGAAAAUGUGAAGAGGAAAAUAAAACUUGUCUAACCAAUAAAUAGUCACCACAGAACAAAAAUGUAUUUUUUUUUUUUUUUGCUAUUACUUAAACUGAAAAAGUAAUUAUAAGCCAUCAAUUAUUCUGUGAUUGGUUCAAAUAUUAUAUAUUUUUAAAAGACCAAACUGAAAAUGUCCAUGGGUUUUGUGACUUAUCCUCAUUUUGUGCCAAAGUACCAGAAUCUUAACUGGAAUGAUCCACAAGAGAUCCUAACUUCAGGCCAACAGAUAUCUAAUAUUCGGAGAUGGAUGAUUUCUGUUAUGAAGGUUACAUGAACUUAACCUUCUUCAGCAUCUUCAUCAUUUUAUUAUCUGAUUCUUAAUAAUUAGGAAACUGUUCCUGAUUUCUAUCAAAAAAUCUCUGAAGGUAAAUAGACUUUUUGAUACACUUUUGAGGAGAUUUAAGGGAUAUCAAAAUCGUUAUGGUGUAUCUUAUCUAUAUGGAACUCUGUUAAUUUUACAUUUUCAUAAAUCAUAUAUUUAGUUAGGUAUGUUGUAUUUACAAAUGACAAAUUUAAUAGUGGGGUGUUGCAGUGCUAAAACUAAUAUUCUUUUAGUUUAAUGUUGUGAAAUUCAAAAGAACCUCCCAAUUUAAUUUAAUAUUUUGAUUCUAUGUAAAGAUAGUCUUAGUAUUUGACAGUUUACAAAACCCUAUUUUGGGAUAUUUGAGGAUGUAAUGUUUUGAUAUUGGAUUAUUCCCCAGAUUUUAGUUUAGGAGUUUAGCUCAGACUAAUAAAGACUAUGAGAGAUGAGAUAUAUAUAGUUAUUAUAUAUAACAUAUAUCUAAUAACUUAACUUAGAGGAACUGGAAAUGGAAAAUCAGAAAACAAAUCUCUUUUUUUAAAAGCUAUUUUAUAAGAACUGAGUUUUCUUUAGAGUAUUCAGUAGUCUUCAAAGUUUGUCCCUAGCUGGACCUGGACAGAGCACUAUAAUUUUGUAGUUUCUACCCAGUGAACUUCUAAUAAGCAACAAAUGUCUUUACCAACAAAACUGAAAAUUGUCACAAAGCAUAACCAAUACAUCAUAUUAAAAAAGCCCAGUUAAAUUAAAGAAUCUCUUUGUGUACAAAUACUACAUAUUAACAGAUUACCUAUAAGGCAGCAUCUUUGCUAUGCUGAUUUACUGUCAAAAUGACAGGAAUUUCUUUGGUUCAAAGAAUUUGUAUUUUCUAAAUUAUUAAGGAAUUUAAAAAAUACCUUUGUUUUAGCACUGUUAUGUCAAAGACUAGAGUAAGUCUUGUCUUUUGUUUUUUGUUUUUUUUCCUGGCCAGUGAAAAAUAAGAUAAUAGUUUUAUGUAAAAACUAUU